UUUUACUCGUCAGUUCCGAUAUGCCGGGUUCCAAAAGUGGCACGUCCAGGUCAUCAUAAGGCUACUUCCUGUCCUUAUGCACCUCGCUCUCGCCAUUUUUCUUGCCGGCUUGGUGGUUUUCCUACAUCCUCUCCGGGUAGCUCUGUCAUGGAUUAUUUGUGCAGCAACUUCCCUGGUGUACGCUGCGUAUGUGGUGGCCGCCAUCCUUCCCAUUUUCUUCCCUCAAUGCCCUUACCGUACGCCUCUCUGCGAUCUCAUCUAUAUCACCUUUCAUCGUAUAAUCCCACAAGUAUCAUGGUACCGAAAGCAUCAUUUCCUUGAUGCAUGGAAGCUACGAAGUUUUACCGACAUGAUGUAUUGUCUUCCAACACUACAAUCAAGGGAUGCAAAGUCCCUGAGGGCAAUGGAGUCAGAGUCUGUGCAGUGUGCGUCAGUUGAUUUGGCGGCUGAAGCAUUGGAUUGGCUCUUCUCAGUCUCUUCGAAUCCCACCGUUCAAAGCAUAGUUGUACAGUCCAUUGGGGGCCUGCCCAUGCCAUCCCAAGAAAGGUUACUCGCACUCCGGGAAGACGAUGAUGUAAUGGAUACCUUACGGGACUCCUUACUUUGGCGUUGCAUCCGGAGGGACGAUAACCGCUUUCAUGAACCAGCCCCAGGCAUGGAACGUAAACUCGAACGUCUGCUUCGCUUCCACUGUCACUCCACCAUGGUGCCUACCCUUCUGUUUUCCAAUAUCGAUUCAUUUGAACUCACCGCUGCGAUCAUAUCCUGUGGCCAUUGCUUGUUCGAGAAAGAGCUCGUUCCCCCAACACAAUUUUUCAUAGGCAUUGUUACCCGUUCUUUAGCACUUCUGCCACGUUGUUGGACUCAGCUUAUGAUGUUGAACGAAAUAAAGGAUAUCUUUACUCCCCUGGAUCCUGAUACUGAUGAUCGCGCCGAUACCAUUCCAUUGUAUCUCUCUUCUGCCGUCUUAUAUUCGCUCAACGAAUCAAAGGAAGGCUUAACACAGAAUUUUGAUUCUCCGUUGGUUCUGGAUUUCGCGGAUGCAUUACCCUAUUUUCUUGACGAAACUGUCCUUCGCAUGUUUUCCAAGUUUGUCAAAGAUCCAUCUUUGUCCGAGCCAUCGUUACCUCAAUCUCUGAGGAUGCUCGUCAUUCUCGUCCCAGGAAGCUAUUGCGGUCAUGACAGUGCUUGGGAUGUCUUUGCGCCUAAUGUCAUUCCACACUGGGUUUCACUUGACAAUAUUGUGCUACCCUGGGAUAUGUUUCUCGGAAACCACGUGUUUCAUAGAGCUUCAGUUUCGAUGGUCAGCGAAUAUGUUACAGGAAUUUUUACCAUGCAACACGGAUCGGGGGGAGUGAUGGAUGCAGCAACGCUUCGGCUGCAUAUCGACUAUAUCCAUAACCCACACAAUCUUUUCACUGCAUGCUCUAUCCUGGCCACACGUGGGAUCGAUAUAGACCGGGCUGCCAUUCACAGUGACAUCACGAAGCUUGUGCAGCUGCGUCAAAAAGAUGCUGCCUGGGAUGAAUGUCGGAAAAAACUUCAUGAUCUGGCACAAAUUGAUAUUACAGGGGACUUUUUCAGUAAACAGCUUAUAGCGAAACCCGGAUUCAAACCACGUCCACUGCGGACUGACGAAAUUCAAGUCGAAAAAGACAACAUCAAAUAUGCGAAACAGGUUACCUCUGAUUCAUCGACAGCACGACAUAAAACAGGCCGCAUAGAUCGUGUUUUAGAAUGGUGUCUUGGUCGAAAGCCGGAGGCUGAGUUGGAACGAGGGCCGCAGUAUGCUUAUGGACAAGAAGUAACAUUGCUGUCAGGACUGAUUUGGCAUGUCAACGAUAUCAGAGUUGGCGAGCAUUUCAUCGGCGACUUAUUUCUUCUGGACUUGCUCCGCGGAGGUCGCGUUGAAGUAGUCGACGCCGGAAUUGGACUCAUUCAGCGCGGUAUAGACACCCUCGUUGAAGUGGAGGUUGUCAGCGAAGAGGCAGCGAGAGCGAGAGAGCGAGGAGUCAUGCUCGAUGGUGCCGUUCCUACCGAGGAGACGCUUCAGAAGAGAGGACAGGUGGUGUUGAUCAUCGAGAGUAUCAAGCGCGUUCGUUGUGAGAAGGCCGGACUUCGCGAGGAGACUUUGAGAGUACCUGAGCUUUGGAUAUGA